UUUUCAACUAUAGGCAAAGCCUGUGCCUUCCGAGAAGGAGAGCAUAUUAUCAGUUCUUGUAAAGUGCUCAUUUUCACUUUUGUUUCUUCUUCCUCGUUUGAAAACUUCUGAGGGAAUGUAGAAGCAACACCAAGCAACAGCACUAAAUGAGACAAACAACCACAGCAAUGGGAGGCUUUUUUUCUCAACCUCAACCUAUUCCGACAAAGAAAACAGAUGUGAAUGAGAUGAUGGAGCAACCAUGGAGGGAUGUUACCUGGAAAACUGGGGAAAGAAAAAAACUGAUGAGUGCGAUAGCAGCUUAUCAUCCUCGUUUGAAUUCAGUGCCACAGUUUCGGGUUCUGUUUGUGGGACCAGUUGGAGCAGGGAAAUCCAGCUUUUUCAACUCUGUGAAGUCUGUUAUCCGGGGCUAUGUGACAGCUCAGGCCACAGCAUCAGGGAUGUGUGGUCCCAGUUGGACCAAUCAGUACAAGACAUAUCAAAUUAAAAAUAAUGAGGAUGGAAAGACCCUACCCAUCAUCUUCUGUGACACAAUGGGACUGGAAGCAAGGGAAGGAGCUGGACUACAUAUUGAUGACGUGCCCAACAUAAUUAAAGGACAUGUUCCUGAUAAGUAUCUGUUUCGUCCAGCUGGGCCUAUGCCGCCAACAUCACCAGGCUAUAUCAAAAGUCCAUCUUUAAAGGAUGAAAUUCAUUGUUUUGUUUUUAUCAUCGAAGCACCUAAGAUUGAGAUCCUUCCUGAUGAAAUGUUGGAAAAGCUGAAAACCAUUAGUCGAAAAAUAAACAUGUUUGAUUUACCACAACUUGUCAUACUUACCAAAGUAGAUGAAGUUUGCCCUGCUCUUGAAAAAAACAUUUCAAAUGUAUAUAGGAGCAAAGUUGUUGAGAGAAAGAUGCAAAUAACAGCGGAAAGACUUGGCAUCCCUUUGUGUAACAUAGUUCCUGUUAAAAAUUACUGUUCAGAGCUGGAACUCAAGGAGAAUGUUGAUAUCCUGAUCCUGCUGGCACUGAGGCAGAUUCUGCGCUUAGCAGACAGCUAUCUAGAUAAUUUCCUGUUGGCCGAAAUAGCUACGGGAAUGAGAAGCAAUUCUUCUAAACCCGAGUCUGAACUUAUUGUGACGAAGAAAACAGAUGCGAAUGAGAUGAUGGAGCAACCAUGGAGGGAAGUUACCUGGAAUACUGAGGAAAGAAAAAAACUGAUGCAUGAGAUAGUAGAUUACUAUCCUCGUUUGAAUUCAGUGCCACAGUUUCGGGUUCUGUUUGUGGGACCAGUUGGAGCAGGGAAAUCUAGCUUUUUCAACUCUGUGAAGUCUGUUUUCUGGGGCCAUGUGACAGCUCAGGCCAUAGCAGGAGCAAUUUCUGGAACCAGUGUGACCAUGCAGUACAAUUCUUACAAAGUUAAAAAUAAAGAGGAUGGAAAGGCCCUACCCAUCAUCUUCUGUGACACAAUGGGACUCGAAGAAAGGGAAGGAGCUGGACUACAUAUUGAUGAUGUGUCCAACAUAAUAAAAGGACAUAUUCCACACAAGUAUCAGUUUAAUCAAGCUGGGCCUAUGCAGCCAACAUCACCAGGCUAUAUCAAACAUCCAUCUUUGAAGGAUGAGAUUCAUUGCUUUGUCUUUAUCAUUGAGGCACCCAAGAUUGAGAUCCUUCCUGACAAAUUAUUGGAAAAGCUGAAAACCAUUAAACAAAGAACUAACAUGUUUGAUUUACCACAACUUGUCAUACUUACCAAAGUGGAUGAAAUUUGCCCUUCUCUUGGAAAAAACAUUUCAAAUGUAUACAGGAGCAAGGUUGUUGAGAGAAAGAUGCAGUUAACAGCGGAAAGACUUGGCAUCCCUUUGUGUAACAUAGUUCCUGUAAAAAAUUACUGUUCAGAGCUGGAACUCAAAGAUAAUAUAGAUAUCUUGAUCCUGCUGGCACUGAGGCAGAUUCUGCGCUUAGGAGAAAGUUACCUAGAUAAUUUCCCAUCAGACGAAAUAGCUACAAUGGAUUAAUGUCCUGAUUCCUGAUCAGCUCAGCAUUGUCAAUAUCACACCACAUUUUUAUAUCACUGUUGUUCUACUUUAAUUGCGGUGUCUGCUUCCUAUGGAAUUCUGGGAUUUGCAGUUUAAUGAGGGGCAUUUAGAGUCCUCAGGCUGAAUUCUUGGGACUCAAUAAAUGAUGAAACCCAGAAUUCCACUGAAGCCAGCCAUGUAGUGUGAUAUUGAUUAUAUGGUUACAUAUUAAAGAUCAAAUGCCA